CGGUCUAUUGUCCGGUCAUCAAGCUGGUCCAUCCUUCUUAUAGAAUGGAGUCCCAUUAGGCCAUUGGUCGGUAUCCUGUCACUGUAGACAAAUCUGGACAAAGGUCAAGGGUCUUUUGAUUGGUCAAUCAUUUGAUUGAUAAACUUGGUUUAAAGCUAGCGGAAAAUCGGAAAGAUCAGAAAACUCUUUGAUUCAUUGUCGUCUUGAAAGUUAUUCAGUAUUGUUUUCGUAUACCUUUAGUAUCCCUUUUCAAGCCAUUAAUUCCUUGAUUAAGGGCAUAUUAGCCAUCGUUACUCGUUUUGGAAGAAGAAUUGACAGUUGGUGCAUGUUGUGAUGAGGUAUAUAGAAAUGUAAUCUUUAUUCUUCGUACCUAUUCCAUUUUCUCAUGAUAUGCGAUUGUUUUCGUUAUUCUAAGAUAUUGACAGUUUAGAUUUUCAUGGAUUUGUAACACAUGUGUAAAGAGAGUUUUCUCGUCGAGUGCCGAGGAUGCCUUCACCACAACCCCAGCUCACUCCCUCGUCGACUACCUCGCCCGUUUCUACACCAUCAUCCUGUUUGUAUCUUCCACCUACUCCACCACCGUCACCACACCUGACAUCGUCAUCUCCAGCGUUGUCGGUAUCACCUUAGCCUACUGAGUUGUCACCGCUACCUCUCCGAUCAGUUAGCCCGAUCAUCCCUGCCCAUCAGCCAAGCUACUAUCCUGUAUAUCAACCUGUUAUGCGGUACUCUCCUUACUCUACUACACCUCUAUCAAGACCAAGAGUACCACCCUCAUCCAUGAGCUACCAUCUAGCUACCACUCCAUACUCAUCGUGCACUCCUAUGGCUGUACCAGUACCAACAUUCAACCACACACUUCAAUCAUCAUCGUCAUCACCCAUGUUCGGGGUGUACCCUCAUCACGAUCAGCCCGUCCAUGCUACGAUGCCGUCAAUGAAGGUCCGUCCUACGAGGAAUCGACGAUCACGCCGAGUAGUAUUCAAGUAUAAGGAAAAGGAGAUCAUCGACGUCGUAUCGCUCUGAAGAAUAUAGACUUUGUUUUGAUAUGGUACACGUGAAUUAUAUAUUUAAGAUUUGAAGUCGCUUGUAGCGACCUCAUGUCUUUAGUUGUGAAAUAAAUCUAUUCGAA